ACUCUUAUUAACCUGUUGAAAUUUAAAUUUUAUAGUAUUAUAAUCCAGUGGAAAUGACUUUGUCUCAAGUCAAAUACAAUUUUUAUAACGUUUUACAAGCAACGCAAUAUCUUGUAUCAAGUAGAACUCGAUCAUUAUUGAUCAAACAAGUAUUUCAUCUGACUGACACUAACUUAGUCUUAUUAUCGUUAUUCCUCCGGAAGAUUUGUAUCUUGUUAAGAAUAAACUAUUUAAAUAUUAAUUAUUUAAGACUGUAAGCUUUAAAUUCAUUGUAAAAUGCCGAAGAAAAAGGGGAAAGGAAGUAAAUUAGCUCGCAUGAGCGAUGAAGAACGCGCUCGUUAUUUGCAACAUCGAGCUGAAUUAGAAUUAGAGAGCAAACGACGUAAGCAACAAUUGAUUGCGGCGUUUACCAAGAAUAAGCUGAAACGCGAGGAAGCGUUCUCGCGAUUGAACACCGCAAAGAUUAACGAACAAUGGCGAUUCAUUCUACGCCGAAUAAAAUGUAAGGAACUUUAUGAAAAUGUGGACUAUCUUUGGAAAAAUUUUGAUCGCAUGAUGAAGACAAAAGAUUUCGUGAUACGGCAUUUAUAUAACGAACUAGAGAUAACUGAUAUGGAUCAUAGAAGAUUACAAAAGGCUCACAUUCAAAUAAUUGAUCGAAUAAUUGGAACAUAUAAGCAGAAAUGUAUGCAUAUGCAUAAAUCGUUUACACAUGAACGUAAUCAUAUCGCUACCUACGAGAUAAACGAAUUAAAGAGAGUGCAAAGGGAUUUAGAGCAACUGUGCGAUCAACUGCAGAAUAUAAUUGUUGGACAAGAUAAAGAAAUAGGGAGCAAAUUGAUGCAAACAAAAAUACAAAACGCCAUUAACGUAUACAGCAUUGUAUACUUGAAAGAAGACUCUUUAUCACGCUUGAUGCAAUACACUUCCAAUGAGGUCGAGGAAUUGUGGCGACAGCUUAAUGAAACGAUAAUUGAAUAUGAGAACAAUACAGGAGAUAAAAGAAAGCAAUAUGAAUAUCUGAAAGAACAAGACGAUGCUCAUCAUGCGAGUGUAGCGCAAUAUCCAAAGUUACAGAUACAGUUGCAAGACAUGAUUAAGAAUUUGAAACAGGGCACACACGUAUUAUCGCAAAAGCGGGAGUAUAGUAUAACGGAAUGCAAGGAUCAGAUUGUGCAAAUAAAAAAGAAAAUUGAAAGCUUGAGACAAGAGUUUUCCAUGACUCAAAUACUGGAUUCUACUCAACUGAAAAAAUUGACUAUUAUUAGCACCAGCGUUCUAAAAGAAUUGAAGAGAAUUUCGGAGAAGGGUUCGGCAUUAAUUUCGUUGUUGAAAAUGUGUUCGAGUUUGGAACCGUUUUCACUGACUGUUCAGAAAUAUACUUUACGCGAUACAGAAUCUACAACAGCUUCCUCGAGCUGCAUAUCAGAGCCGUUCGUUAAAUUGGAGAAGUUUUGGAAACAAUUUAAUUACAUUAAAGCUGACAAUAUCUUAAUGAAGAAAGAAUGCGAUAAGCUGUCUUUUGAAAAUAAACAGCUGAGAAACACCUUGCGAACUUAUCUGUUAACUGUUUCUAGAACUCCGACUGCGCGACUACUUACAUCUAUUUCUGUAUAAACAGAAUAUAUUUCUAACAAAAAGAUCAACAUUUUUUAAAAGAUUAAUUAAAAAGAUGUGAUUUAAUAUCCACCAAUCAUAUUUUAAAAAUAUU